AUGGGGAUCUCCGACAACGAUGUGCAGAAACAACUUCGCCAUAUGAUGGCUUUCAUAGAGCAGGAGGCGAAUGAGAAAGCUGAGGAGAUUGACGCUAAAGCUGAGGAGGAGUUCAAUAUUGAGAAGGGGCGUUUGGUGCAACAACAACGUCAGAAGAUUAUGGAGUUUUAUGAGAAGAAGGAAAAGCAAGUGGAAUUACAAAGGAAGAUCCAGUCGUCUAAUUCUCUCAAUGAAGGCCGACUUAUGUGCUUGAAGGCACGUGAAGAUCACAUUCGUAACGUUCUUGAGGAGGCGAGGAUGAAUUUGUCAAAGAUCUCAGCUGACCAAGCACGAUAUCCCGCCAUCCUUAAGGGUCUUAUCAUGCAGGCAUUACUUCAGUUGCUAGAAAAGGAUGUGUUACUCCAGUGUCGUGAGAAAGACCUUCAUCUUGUGGAAAGACUUCUUCCGGAAUGCCUUGAUUCUCUUGAAAAGGAAUGGGGAGAGAAGACUAGCGUGACGAUCGAUAAGCAACAUUACCUUCCGAUAGAGUCUGCUGGUGGUGUUGUGCUUUCAUCAAAAGGGGGGAAGAUCAAAGUUUUAUCGACACUGGAAAGCCGAUUGGAUCUUAUCGCUAGUCAAAUCAUACCACAGAUUCGCACUGCCUUGUUUGGUCCGAACCAGAAUAGGAAGUUUUUCGAUUGA